AUGAUGUUGUUCCAGGAAAUCUCCAUAUUUGUUGCUAUAUUUGUAUUUGUUGCUAUAUUUGUAUCUGUUGCUAUAUUUGUAUGUGUUGCUAUAUUUGUAUUUGUUGCUAUAUUUGUAUUUGUUGCUAUAUUUAUAUUUGUUGCUAUAUUUGUAUUUGUUGCUAUAUUUAUAUUUGUUGCUAUAUUUGUAUGUGUUGCUAUAUUUGUAUGUGUUGCUAUAUUUGUUGCUAUAUUUGUAUUUGUUGCUAUAUUUGUAUGUGUUGCUAUAUUUAUAUUUGUUGCUAUAUUUGUAUUUGUUGCUAUAUUUGUAUGUGUUGCUAUAUUUGUUGCUAUAUUUGUAUUUGUUGCUAUAUUUGUAUGUGUUGCUAUAUUUGUAUUUGUUGCUAUAUUUGUAUGUGUUGCUAUAUUUGUUGCUAUAUUUGUAUGUGUUGCUAUAUUUAUAUUUGUUGCUAUAUUUGUAUUUGUUGCUAUAUUUGUAUGUGUUGCUAUAUUUGUAUUUGUUGCUAUAUUUAUAUUUGUUGCUAUAUUUGUAUGUGUUGCUAUAUUUGUAUUUGUUGCUAUAUUUAUAUUUGUUGCUAUAUUUGUAUUUGUUGCUAUAUUUGUAUGUGUUGCUAUAUUUGUAUUUGUUGCUAUAUUUAUAUUUGUUGCUAUAUUUGUAUUUGUUGCUAUAUUUGUAUUUGUUGCUAUAUUUGUAUGUGUUGCUAUAUUUGUAUUUGUUGCUAUAUUUGUAUUUGUUGCUAUAUUUGUAUUUGUUGCUAUAUUUGUAUGUGUUGCUAUAUUUGUUGCUAUAUUUGUAUUUGUUGCUAUAUUUGUAUGUGUUGCUAUAUUUGUAUUUGUUGCUAUAUUUGUAUUUGUUGCUAUAUUUGUAUGUGUUACUAUAUUUAUAUUUGUUGCUAUAUUUAUAUUUGUUGCUAUAUUUGUAUUUGUUGCUAUAUUUGUAUGUGUUGCUAUAUUUGUAUGUGUUGCUAUAUUUGUAUUUGUUGCUAUAUUUGUAUGUGUUGCUAUAUUUGUAUUUGUUGCUAUAUUUGUAUUUGUUGCUAUAUUUGUAUGUGUUGCUAUAUUUGUAUUUGUUGCUAUAUUUGUAUGUGUUGCUAUAUUUGUAUUUGUUGCUAUAUUUGUAUGUGUUGCUAUAUUUGUAUUUGUUGCUAUAUUUGUAUGUGUUGCUAUAUUUGUAUUUGUUGCUAUAUUUAUUGCAGUGAUUAUUCUGUGCUAUCCGGAAAAGGACAAAUCAGUUAUGCAGUUCUAUAGUGCAAGAGCUGAUCCUAACAACUGUUAA